GGAGCUUCUGGUGUGAAUUAGGUUAGCCUGGAAACUGCCCUGUUGGGAGAUAACAGGCAUGAGCCACCGCGCCCCCUCCGCCUCCUUUUAAAAGUAAAGCUAAAGAAAAGAUAAUGUUUUCCGCUGUCAGUCCGCUUAAUGCUCAUUAAAUUAUCUGUGGAGAGGGGUGACGCAAAUAAAUAGCAGGUCUCCCCAUUGCCCCAUCGCCGGAGUGCAAGGUGCGGUGGCGGCCGCUGUCCCACUCCGGGUCCCGGGGUCCCAGCAGAGCCUGCAGCCGCACCACGCAGGCGCGCCGCGGGCAGCCCAGAGAGCUGGUCUGCGCCUGCGCGGGGCCCUUCCUCCGUUUCUCCGCGCCGGGGUCAUGGCCGCCUCCGUGGCUCCGCGAAGCCGGGCUCUGCUGUGGGCUGGCGCUGCUUGGCUGCGGCAAGGAGGCGUCGGGGAGCUACUGCGGGCGCGAACUGAAGGGGUCGCCCCGGGGCGUGACUUCAGUCUCUCUCAUUACCGGAGCACGGUCAUCGUGGAACGCUGGUGGAAGGUGCCGCUAGCCGCAGAGGGCCGGAAGCCGCGCCUGCACCGGCGACACCGCGUGUACAAGCUGGUGGAGGACACGAAACACCGACCCCAAGACCCCCUGGAGCUCAUCCUCACGCAGUCCGUGGACGAAAUUGGAGUCCGGGGUGAUCUGGUCUCCGUGAAAAAGUCUGUGGGUCGCAAUAAACUCCUUCCUCAGGGGCUGGCUGUGUAUGCGUCUCCUGAAAAUAAGAAACUGUUUGAAGAGGAGAAAUUGCUGAGACAACAAGGAAAACUAGAGAAGAUCCAGACGAAGGCAGGAGAGGCGACAGUGAAAUUUCUGAGAAGCUGUCAUCUAGAGGUGGGAAUGAAGAACAACGUCAAAUGGGAACUAAACCCUGACAUUGUUGCCCGCCAUUUCUUCAAGAAUCUUGGUGUUGUGGUUGCCCCACAUGCUCUGAAGUUACCAGAGGACCCUAUCACAAGAUGGGGCGAGUACUGGUGUGAUGUGACUGUAAAUGGACUCGACACUGUAAGGGUUCCGAUGUCCGUAGUGCUCUUUCAGAAGCCCAAGACCAAAAGAUACAAGCACUGGUUAGCCCAGCAAGCUGCCAAGACCAUGGCCCCCACCAGCUCCCAGGCAGUCUGAACAUCCUCUGCUUCCAAGACAAAGCAGUCAGAAGAGCCUUGGAAUGAAGUGGGCCAGCACUUGAAGCAAGUCUGGAUCCUAGAGAAUAUGUGAACUCAGCAGACUGAAUAGCACAUACAUGUAAGGCUCACUGUGUUUGUCAUACAGUAUCAUCACAGCCAGCUGCAUUAGAGCAUUCUGCAGGCAGUAGAUUUUAUAAGCAGAAUAUCAGUGAACUGAAACAGUCUUCUUAGCCCUUCCACUGGAACAAGUGAAGGGCCAAGCUGUUGUUCUGACAGUUGCUGUAUUCUCACCCAGACCGUGUCUCGUGCAGAAAUAAAGAGCUGUUUAACUGGA